GUUUGUCGCAUUCUUUAAAAAUUUCUCCAUUACUUGUAAAUUAGAUAAUUCAUUAUUAUUCUCUUAUAUCAACUCUAACACAUAUCAGAGAACUCAUGAACAGUGUUGGGACCCGAGGAGUAGGAUCAAACUCAGACGUACCCUCGUUUGUGGAUAAUUUUUAUGAUAUUUCGCAAACAUGACAUCGCUUUUAAAAAGCCUUAAUGGAUUUCAACUGUUUAGUAGACACUUAAAACAAAGCCUCAACAUGAUAUCUGUUCCUGCUCGUGGUAAAUUACAAAAUCCUCCACCAAAGAAACGUCACCCACAGUGGCUACCAAAACCAACACAUGUACGUUAUAAUGAAGAACUUUCUCCAGAAAACAAAGAAUUUCUCUCUGAAUUUGUAUCAGCCAAUAAUGGUCUGCUCAAUGUACAAAAAUCUCCAUUAAAUACAAAACUUGUUCAGUCAGCAACAUGGACUCCAGGCUCUAAACGUACUGGUUUAAUUGGGAAAAAGAUAGGAGUAUAUCCAAUGUGGUUGAAAAAUGGUAAAAAAGUAACGACAACGCUAAUACAGAUUGUAGAUAAUGAAGUUGUAAAAUACAUGCCACCUGAAGAAUUCAAUCCAGUUAAGCGCACUAAACAUUUACAACCUAAAGUAAAAAAUGGUUGCCUCGUAUUAGGUGCUGUAAAUAUUGAUCCGCAGCUACUUACUAAGGAAUAUUAUGGAAUAUUUAAUGCUGCUGGAGUUUCACCAAAAAAAACACUAAUGAGAUUUGUAAUUUCACCAAAUGCUGCUCUUCAACCAGGAACUCCUUUAUGUGCAGCUCAUUUUAAACCAGGAGAAUUUAUUGAUAUUCGAGGAAAAACUAUAGAUCGUGGUUUUCAAGGUGUCAUGAAAAGGUGGGGCUUUAAAGGUAUGCCUGCUUCUCAUGGUGUAACUAAAACGCAUAGAAGACCAGGCAAUAUAGGCUCAGGAGGAACAAAGGCUAGGGUAAUGCCAGGUACUAAAAUGCCUGGACAUAUGGGAAAUCGUUGGCGUAUUCUCAAAGGUGUAAAGAUACUACGAAUAAACACUAAAUAUAAUGUAAUUUGGGUAUUAGGUCAUAACGUCCCAGGAGAGGUAAAUACCAUGUGUUAUUUGUAUGAUACGAUUUUACCUACUAAAAAAAGUACGUCACCACAUUUUCCUACAUAUUUACCGAAUAAUGAAAACACGAAUGUACUUCCUGAAGAACUUUAUGCGGAUGAUGUUCACCCAUUUAGUGAUCCCACUAUUGAAUAUCAACCAAAAUCGUAAUUGUAAUAACGUAGUAAAUAAAAAAAGUACUUUAUAAUAAGAGGA